GGUGCCUGGCUGCUAUAUAAGCGGCGGCGGGGAGGAGUCCGCAGCUCGCUGCUCCCUUCCGCGCGGCCGCCUGCUGCUCCUCUUCGCCCGAGACUCGCCCCGCCGCGCGGAGACGUCGCCCGGCCGCCAUGGAGAUGAAGAAACGGCUCAACCUGGAGCUGCGGAACAAGAAGCCGGCCGAGGUGAAGGAGUUAGUUCUGGACAACUGCCGCUCCGACGACGGCAAGAUCGGAGGGCUCUCCUCUGACUUUGAAAACCUCGAAUUCCUCAGUAUGAUCAACGUGAACCUCCUGUCCGUCGCCAACCUCCCAAAACUCAAUAAACUGCGCAAGCUGGAGCUGAGCGACAAUAGGAUUUCUGGCGGCUUGGAAGUCCUUGCUGAGAAAACUCCAAACUUGACGCACUUGAAUCUUAGCGGAAACAAAAUCAAGGAUAUAAACACUUUGGAGCCACUGAAAAAGCUGUCUCACCUACGAAGUUUGGACCUCUUCAACUGCGAAGUGACGACGCUCAUCAGCUACCGGGAGAGCAUCUUCACCCUUCUCCCGCAACUCACUUACCUCGACGGCUUUGACACGAACGACAAAGAGGCGCCUGACUCCGACCCGGAAGUGGACGGGCUGGAAGACGAGUACGACGAGAACGGGGAAGAAGGUGAAGAGGAAGAGGAAGAAGACGAAGAAGAACUCGACGAGGAUGCAGUCGACGACGAGGAGGAUGAAGAAGAUCUGGAUGGGGAAGAGGAGGAGGACGGGGUUGACGAUGAAGAGGAAGAGGAAGGCGAGGAGGAUGAUGAAGACGAAGAUCUGCCUCAGGGCGAGAAGCGGAAACGAGAGAUUGAGGACGAAGGGGAAGACGACCCCGACGAAGACGAUGACGACGACGAAGACGACUGACCGGCUCCUCUUCCUCGUAGCCAGACGAUCCGUUUUUUUAACGGACUGUGACUUUCCUGGCCCCUGCUGUUCCGCAAGUGAGACUGUGACGACAAAUUUCUUCACUCCCCUUUCUCUCCCGCCCCUGUGGGCCCCCCACCCACCCACACUCUGACCCCCGGCCCCCCCACAGUUGCUUCCCGGCCCACCAACCCCUUUGUAUCGCUGCGACAUCCACAGUAUAUUUUUUUAAAAUGUAGAAUACAGUUGAGGUGUUUCAGGAGACGUUUGUCGGGUGGCUUUCUCUCCCCCCCCCAGAAAAUGCGCACAGUUUUUCUCCUCCCCCCCCUCCCCAAAUACCCCAGCCCCUUCAACUCCUCUCCUGUUUGGGGGUAUUUUGUGACCAAAGGCUUCGCGAAUCGGAUGGUGCGUCGGACAAGCUCAUUUCCGUCUCUCUUCCACACCACUUGCCCCCCCAAAAAACAAGAAGUUAUCUGCUCUGCCACUAGGGGGUAGGGCUGGGUGGGGGACACCCCCUCCCACAGGCGGCGGUUUUGGAAUCGGGGUGCAGUGAUGACGACGACGACGAAUUCUCCAGCUGUCAUGGCAGAUUCCCAGACCACUCUGGAUGCUGUUCCAUUUUUCUAACUAUUCUUUUAUUAAGCCUCUUUUAUUAAGCCAUGAAUUGCAGCUAGCUGAUCUGCGGUCGUUGGCCCAACACCUUUUCUUUUGGGGGGGGGCUUUUUUUUUGAUGUGGUGUGUCCCUGUAAAACCCCCCCCCCAACUGUUCUGAUAUUCUUUCCCCAGUUGGGUUGACUUGAGUUACCGAAGACCUGCGGGGAGAAUUCCUUAUUAUUUGCUCAGAUUUCCAAUUUAAUUUGAGGGGGGUCCUGCUCCCCGAUGGAGGGCUGCCGUAUUAUUUCAGAGCUCGCCUCCCCCCCCCCCCAGUGGGGGCUUGAAUCCCAACCCCCGCUCCUUAACUUGUGUUAUCCUUAACAAGGCGAGUGGUUUAGAAGAAAAACAGCGUCGCCGUCUUCCCGACUCCUGUGUUUAAUUUUUUUUUUUUCUCCUUCCCUCCCCGGUUUUGGAAAUUCCACCUGAGGCUUCUAACUUGUAAGGGCAGCACAAAAAACAUGACAAUAAUGGGAGGGAGAGGACAAGAAUGAACGAAGCGCGAAGCGAAAUUGUGCUGCGGAAUCAUAGAUAAUGUUUCGCUUGGGGGAAAUGGAGUUGGUGCGUACACAAACACAAAAGCCUUUCCUUAAAAUUCUGUGUCCGCAGAUGGCGAUAUUUCAUUGUCGAGCCCAGUUGCAGUCCAGAAACACUUUUCUUUUUUGUCUCUCUUGGAGGGAAAUUGCGGCAGCAUGCGACAAGUUGGGUGGGGGCCGGUCUCAGGGUCCCGCCUUCGGGGUUGGGGAGACCAUGACGGCUGCACAUCUGGGCACGGCGCUGGGGCCAAGGAAUGAGGUUGGCGAUAAAAAUCCUACAAGAUUGGGAGGGGGAUAGAGAGAGGUUCUUCCCUACUGAAUCGCAGAUCUUUGCUUGGUGGGGGGGGGGGAAAUAGCUGGAUUUCUGGGGUUCGGUAUCUUGUCCCAGGGCAGGUAACACCAUCUUCUUUUUGCCCCCCCUCAACCCCCCCCCACCACAAAUAAAUUAAAGAGUUGUGUUUCCAUCUUCCCUGGGAUAGUCUGCCUGCCCCCACUUCACAACAGAACAUGGUUUUUCUGAGUUUUAAGAUAUUAGCCCUCGUUCAAAAACAGGCCUUAUGAUGUGGUCAAAAGCUAAACCCAGAAAUGAAUAUUCCCUUCUCCUUUUUUUGUGCGUGCGGUUUUUUGUUUUGUUCUUUCUGGGGUUUUCCGGUCCUUUUUUUUAUAUAUCUCCUUUUUGUUAAGAGAAAUUUGAAUAAGACUUUUAAUAAAAGACUUCAGUUUUUAAAAACCAA